AUGGAUCCAGUAGUAAAGCCAUGGCCAUUCAAAGGAUGGGCAAUGGAUCUCAUUGGCAAGAUUUAUCCAGCCAGUAGCAAGCAGCAUUGUUUUAUCAUUGUAGCCACUACAUCUCAAGAGAUCAUCACCUUCAUAGAAGAACAGAUUAUACAAAGGUUUGGCAUUCCAGAAUCAAUCACAACAGAUAGGGUCUCUUCUUUCAUAUCUGGAGAAAUGCUAGAUAUGGCAGAAGCAUUCAAAUUUAAUCUACUUCAAUCCACCCAUUACUAUGCUCAAGCUAAUGGAUAG